AUGGCCGAUGCUUUGGAAAUGAAGUUCCAGGCCAUAGUGGAGACACCUCAGAAGAAUUCUGACGGCCCAGCUGUUGUACAACCUCGGAUGUUCAGUAUGCAGGCUAAACAGCACCUUGUUAAUCGCCUCAAGCCUACACAACAAGGUUUCAUUGCGUUGGACAAUUUCAUGAAG